UCGCCUCAGAAUAAUUUUUUAUGUUUAAAAAAUCUAAGUUUACUUAAAAUAAAUUUUCUUCAAGUAUAAUACUUACUCAAAAUUCAACGGAAAAUCAUAACUUUAAUAAAUACGUUAUUAAAAUAUGAUAGAAGAAGGGUGAUGUUUGCCAUGUUUAGAGAAUCAUUUUGUAUAGUACCAGCAUCGUAUUUCGUUCACUCUAUAUGCCAUAUUAUAAUAAGCUUUUAUUAUAGAGGGCCAAUUUUUAUAUUUCUGAACGGCCGCAUAUUGGUCGGGACUCGAGGAUGUGUGUUGCACAAGUUUCGGGUCGACGGUGGGUGGGCCAGCUGCUGCGGGUCGGCUACAGUUUUUUUUCGCCCGGAAACGAGAUGACUGUCGUGCGCGUUUAUUUCCGAGACUUGAGAUGAUACAUAACUAUAGCAAAUAACGAUGGAAGAAAUUCCAGUAGCAAUGUUACCUAUAUUUGUGAAAUAACAUGUCGAUAAUAAUUGACGACGACCAAUCAAUAACGACGUUUAAUAAUAUUAUAUUGUAAUACUGUUGUGUUGCAUUCGCCGGCGUCUGAGAUCGAACCGAACUAUUAAGUAUUCAUAUAUUACACCAGGUAUAUUUGAAUUCGAGGUUUGGCUAAAUUUAAAAAUGCUGGAUACAUAAAAAAAACACUGUGAUUAUCAAUAUAAUAAAUAAAACGAACCUUGUUUGAAAAUAAUAUUAUCGUGUCGGUUUCGCCGGUGGUUCAUCGGAGUUGCGACCAACAUCAGUGCGCGGAGUAAAUAGUCGAUAACGUUUUCGGUGAUAGUAAUAUUAUAAUACUGGAUAGUGGAUAGGUAUAUUAUAUAGGUAACCUGGUACCUACUAAUAAUAGUAAUUAUUAUAAUAUUAUAACGUUAAUAAUUUAUCGUGCGUACACCCGCUCGACGACCGUUCUUCGACGUCGACGCCGAACGCUUUCGGAGAACAGCCGCGUCGACGACGACGACGCCGCGCCGUCGGAGUAUAGUAAUAUUAUUAUUAUUAUUAUACCAGUCGCGUAGGACACUCUCAGUAGUCGAUCAAACGCGGUAUCGCGCGGACGCGGUUGCUGCGCCGCAAACCCGGUGUGAACGGUGUGCGUGUAUUUAUAUACGCGUGUUUGUGUUUGCGUGUGUGUGUGUGUGUGUGUGUGUGUGUGUAUGUGUUUGUUUGUGUGGGUGUGUGUGUGUGUAUUUGUGAGCGAGUGAGUGUUGUGUGUGUGUGGCACGCGUGCUUUGUUUUUGUUUUUUUUUUUCGAUCGUAAUAUUAUUACAUUAAUAAUAAUAAUAAAAAUAAUAAUAAUACAUAAUAUUAUAGUAAUAAAAAAAAAUCUUAGUUUUUUUCGAAGAAAAAAAACGAAAUCGGAUUUAACGACGUCGUAAAUAUGGAAACGCCGACCACAUUUUGAGACAACCGCUCCCCGGACAAAAGGCGCCACGGCAAACCUAACAUCGGUCAUGGAACGUCUGCGAUCGACGUUCAAGCGGUCGCGGACGCCAACGGGCGCCGAGAUGAAGACGCAGACCAGCCUGGAGGUGCCCAAGCAGGUGCGGUCGGUGUCGUUCGACGAGAUCAAGCUGGGGUGCGCCAAGCGGGACGAGGACGCGCGCAAAGAACGGACGUCGGCCGGCGGUGGCCACUCGGCGGCCGCGUCGUCGCUGCGCGUGCCAGCCGGCGGCGGCUCGGGACAGCGGUCGCGGAGUUUCGACUCGUCUGCCGCCGCGGCCAGCAUCGGCGCGGCCACAGGUGAUCGCGACGACCCGGGCGUCUACCUGGAGGUACCGUCGUCUAAGCACCAGCUGUUCCACCGGCGGCGGUCGUCCGGCGAAAAGGUGCCGGCCGCCGCGGCUUGCGUGCACUGCGCCUAUCUGGAGGAACUGUCCAAGAUGAACAGAUCGUCGUCCGGUGACGAGAACCAGAGUCAGAGGUCGUUCACGUCGACGUCGGCCAGCGAGGACAUGGAAGACGAAGACGACCGCGGUUGCCAGAUCACCGUCACCGUGGAGGCCGACCUCCACGACGAUCUCGUGGCGGCGGCGGUCCGUUUGUCCAUCGCCGACGGCGGUCCCGCACUGCCGCCGCCGUCCGAGUCGGCGGACGCGUGCGGCAAGAGCCCGCUGACGCUAGAGCUGACGCCGCCGGACGAGUAUCUGCAGGGCAACCGGAGGCGGUCGAUCACGUCGCCGAAACUGGAACGUCAGGAAGCGUUCGCCGUCAGCGACGCGGCCGACCCGGCGGCCGUCCGCGACCUGUUUCUCACGGUUCCCGACCUGAAGCGCGACCGGGCCGCCAGCAUGGACUCGUGCUUCAUCAACAAGCCCACUCCCGCCGGAAAACCGGAAGAGGUGGUGCCCGUGUCGCCCACCCAGCUGCUGCUCGAUCCCAACUGCGGGCAGCCGGCCUGCAACAACAACAUCCGGUCCAGGUCCGUGGACAUCGUGCUGCCCACCGACCAGCAGGCCCGGUACAAGGCGCUGUCCACCAAUAAUCAGACGUCGUCGCCGCCGUCGGCCGUACCCGCACACAGGGUACCGCCGGACAAGGGAGCCACCGGAACCGAUGGAAACGAUAAACUCUUAAAGAUUGUGCCCGAUUGGACGGAGGAGGCCGCCAACGACGAUCACCUGUGGUCCGUGACGUCCCACAACGUGGACUUCUGUUAUAUCGGCGAAUCCGAGUGCUCGAAACACGGAGUCCGCCUGAAAUGUUCGGGUUGCCGCAUAAUCGUGCACUCGGAAUGUCUGGGCAAUCUGCCAGAAGCGGCCAAGUGCAAGUCGAGCUUCAAGGACGACGGCGUGCGACAGUACAGGGAACACAAAACGGUCAAACACCAUUGGAUGCACAGGAGGACGCAAAAGGACAAGUGCUCGCAAUGCGGAAAGGCGUUCCAGUCGGUGCUGUCGUUCAGUUCCAAGGAGAUCAUAGCGCUCACGUGCUCCUGGUGCAAGCUUAGUGUCCACAACAAGACCGCGUGUUUCAACGACACGAAAAUGAACGAACCCUGUUCUUUAGGUAAACAUAGUAAUAUAAUUGUGCCACCGUCGUGGAUCGUCAAGUUGCCGCGAAAGGGGAACUUCAAGUCCAGCAUUAGAUCGCCGAAAAAACGAUCGUCCAAGAAGAAAACAAAAGACAAGCCGGACAAAGAAGACAAGCUGUUCGUUAUCAAACCGAUCCCGACGGUGAACGUCAAGCCUGUGAUAAUAUUUAUAAAUCCAAAGUCUGGCGGCAACCAGGGUGUUAAGCUGUUGCAGAAAUUCCAGUGGCACCUGAAUCCCAGGCAGGUGUUCGACCUCAGCCGGGGCGGUCCCAGGAUGGGCCUGGAACUGUACAAGAAGGUUCCGAACCUCCGGGUGUUGGCGUGUGGUGGCGACGGCACCGUCGGGUGGGUACUGUCGAUCUUGGACCAAAUAGCCAACGCUGUGUCGUUUCCGGUGGGUGUGCUGCCGUUGGGCACGGGCAAUGACCUGGCCAGAGCUCUCGGUUGGGGUGGCGGUUAUAUGGACGAGCCGGUGUCGAAAAUACUGACCAACUUGGAAGAAAGUGAAACGAUCCGGUUAGACCGCUGGAACUUGGAUGUGGUGCCCAAUGAACAGGUUAAAGGGACGGACCACGCUGGGAAAGACAAUUUACCAUUGAACGUGGUGAAUAAUUACUUCUCGUUGGGCGUAGACGCUCAGAUUGCACUCGAAUUCCACGAAGCCAGAGAGGCCAAUCCAGAGAAGUUCAGCUCGCGGAUGUACAACAAACUGUUUUACGGCGUCCGGGGUGGUAUCGAGCUGCUGGACCGGAAGUGGAAAGGUUUGUCGGAUCACGUGACGCUGGAAUGCGACGGCAAAGAUCUGACGCAGCGCAUCAAAGACUUGAAAGUGCACGCCAUAUUGUUUUUAAACAUACCCAGCUACGGGGGUGGCACGCGACCGUGGAACAAGUCAGCUGGCAACAACUCUACCGACGACGGACUCAUUGAAGUCAUCGGCUUAACGAUCAUGCAAAUUACGAGAUUGCAAACUGGAGGGACUGGGACACCGUUGUGCCAAUGUAAAACCGCUCGCAUAACCACCAGUAUACCGGUGCCCAUGCAAGUGGACGGCGAAGCUUGCCGUUUAAAACCGUCGGUGAUCACGCUGGGAUUUUUCAACCAGGCAACGAUGAUGGCGAAACGUCGGAAAGGCAGACAGACGCCUACCCGCGAGACCACGAUAGACAAACACAGAGUGUCGGUCCAAAGACUGAGGCUUCAAGAUUACGAGCAACACCACUGUGACAAAGAGUUGCUCAUCCAGUCGUCUAUCAAUAUGGGCGAGAUCGAAGUGGAACCGGUCGCGGAUUUAGAAACCGUGCGUAAUUUAGUGGACAAGUUGGAGUUGAACAACAGUCCGUCUAAAGACCACGUGGGCAACGUCAUGCCGAAACUAUCGCCCGACUGGUGUUUCGUCGACUGUUGCACUGCCGAACGGUUCUUCAGAAUCGACCGGGCCCAGGAAAGCCUUCACUACCUCAUAGACAUCACUCACGACCAGCUAUUCGUGUUGGACGAUCCGCAUAGACCGACGUCCGCCGAAGAAGACGCCGCAGUGGUCCUGAAAGCCAAAGAACCGGCCGACGACCAAGGUGCUCAGGAUACGACAACGAGCAUGCGGGUAAAGUCGGAGAUAAGUCGAUUGGAAAGCAUCAAAACAAAGUCAACGGUCAAAUGUCCACAAGACGAAGGCCAGACCAACGGAACCAAUCAUUCCACAAGAGCUAGUGAAGUAUACAAUCGUCUAUUCGACCUUCAAUCAAAUGAAGAUCAUCAUUACGGUCAAGUGCGAACUUCCGAUAAAAUAAUCGAAGCGGCCAAAACAGGGAACUUAAAUAUGCUGAGAAAUCUGUUCGAAAUGGGUUACUCUCUGAUGUCCAUCAACAAGGACGGGCAGACAGCUCUACACGUGGCCAGCCAGCGCGGCGAUUCAAACCUGGUUAGGUACAUACUGGCCAACGCGCCGUCCAACAUCGUGUCGGUCAAGGACAACCAAGAGGGGCAGACAGCGCUGCACGUGGCUGUCCAAAACGGCGAACGAAAGAUCUGUUACCUAUUGGUGUCGGCCGGGGCGCCGCUAUUGGCCGUCGAUAAACAAGACCGGACGGCUCAGCAGAUAGCCGAACAGACCAGAGACUACGACCUCGCCAAAUACUUGGAAUACAGAAGACGAAACGACGAAUUUGCUUAAGGACUAAGGAAAGGCUAAAACCGAUACGGCCAAGCUCAGUUCGUAUCGUUCGCGGACCAAACGGAGACGUCGGUCUAGACGGCGGCUGCGUCUGCCGAAUAGGACGGCAAUAAAACAAACAUCAAACUAUCACUAUAUAUUCUAUACAUUUUAAAUUUAUAUUAUUAUUAUUAUAAUUAUUAUUGUUAUUAAUUGAUUAUAUUUUUAUUCACUAUCCGUCGA